UGACGGUAUAUUUUGUCCAGAAAUCUACGGUCGCACCGACGCAGGCUCUGCGAAAAAAAAUUUAGAAUUAAAUAAAAAAAAGACAACCACCAAUGGCUGAUUCGGAUGAUGAGUACGACCGCAAGCGGCGCGACAAGUUCCGUGGAGAGCGUGAGAGCUAUCGGACGGAGCGCAGGGACGAGCGUCGCCCCAUGGGUGGUGCUGGCGGAGGCCGGGAUGAAUGGGCAGAGCGCAAUCCCUUCCGCGGUGGAGGUGCUGGAGGCGGCGGUGCACCGCGUCAUCGACCUGAUUACAGCGAUUACCGCGGCCCGGGUCCACGGGCACGGUACGGCUCUCCCGGUCGCGAGAUGCCACCAGCGAAACGUAUGCGCCCUGACUGGGGUGACGGAGAUGGGCGGCCAGGCCCGCGAUAUGGUGGCUAUGACCCCUAUCUGAUGCAGGCGUGGACCGAUCACUAUCAGUCCAUGCACUCGGCGUACCACCACGCAAGUCAUCCGCCGCCAGUGAGAGAGCUGCCGAUCAUCGGGGGAGAUACGCUGACUCAGCCUGCCAUGCUGAACCUAAAACAGUUUCUGGACACCCAGGACGAGAACAUAUCCGACUCCGAGGUGAUGCGCAAGUACACCGAGUACAAGACGGAUUUCAAGCGCCAGCAGUUGAACGAGUUCUUUGUGGCCCACAAGGACGAGGAAUGGUUCAAGAACAAAUACCAUCCCGAGGACAGCGUGAACCGCAGCGAGGAGCAGCGCGGAUUUUUGAGGAGACGCACAGAUGUAUUUGUGGAGCUCCUAGAGAAUGGCACCAUUGGCAGCGUCAAGGUAGAUUCCUCCCAUAGCGAUGCUCUGAUCAAGGUGUUGGACACAUGUGUGAUCAAGCUGGAAGGCGGCACCGACGAGGAUCUCAAGGUUCUCGAAGAGAAGCCCAAGGAUCCAAUAGUCUUCGAAAGGAAGCCGGACCCAGAUGAAGCAGCCACAGUGGUCGAAAAUACACCCAAGAGUCCCAAGAAAGAGAAGGAGGAGGAAGAAUUGCCACUUAUUGUUUCGCCACAGCGCACGGCUUUGAAGCCUGUCAACUCGGACGAUGAGAACUGGGAUGACCCCGAAGUUGAAGAUGCGCCUGCCAAAAAACCAGAGGAGGAAAAGCCGAAAGAGAGCGAGCCCAUUCCUGAGAUCAAGCAGAAGAAGCAAAAGAAGCAGAAGAUCAAGAAGCGCAAGCGAAACAGCAGCAGCGACGAGGAGAGUUCCUCAUCUGAAUCUGAGUCUAGCUCCAGCUCCUCCGAAGAGGAGGAGGACGACGAGAAGCUUAAAGCGAAAUAUGAUGUUGAGGAUGGUCUGAGGGCCGAACAGAAAGCGGAAGCAGAAAAGGAUCAAGCAGAAGCAGCCAAGGCAAAGCAGGGAUCAGUUAGUCCUAAAGAGGAAGCAUCUGCAGAGAAGUCCGCUGCUGAUCCCGCUGCCGAGGGUGAAGCUGUGGAGGACGGCCAGGCAGAAAAAUCGCCAAAACCAGAUGAGGAGGAGAAAAAACAGGAAAAUGGUGAUGCGGCCAAGGCCGACACUGCAGCUGAGCCGGAGACUGGGGACCCUCAAGGUGAGGUGAAACCAGUAACCAUUGACCUGGACAAAGUAAAUCCUCCGCGGGCCAUGCACCGAACAUCCUCGAUCUUCCUGCGCAACCUGGCUCCCUCCAUAACCAAGGCAGAGAUCGAGGCCCUUUGCAGUCGCUUCACCGGCUAUUUGAGAACGGCCAUAGCAGAUCCCUUGGUGGAACGUCGCUGGUAUCGCCGCGGCUGGAUUACAUUCACACGCGAUGUCAACAUCAAAGAGAUUUGCUGGAGCUUGAACAAUCAGCGAUUGCGCGACUGCGAAAUGGGAGCCAUUGUCAAUCGCGACUUGAGUCGGCGAGUGCGUCCAGCCAACGGCAUCACUGCCCACAAACAGGUGGUGCGAUCAGAUAUCAAGUUGUGCGCUCGAAUCGUCAUGAAUCUGGAUGAGAAGUUUAAGCUGUGGUCCGAUGGUCUCCUUAGCAAGCCCUCGCCUGCCAGCGAUUCGGAAGCAACGGCUGCCAAUGGAAGCGGUCCCAGUUAUGGCUUCAAUUCUAAGAAUCCUGUGCUUCAGAAUAUCACCGACUACCUCAUCGAAGAGGCUUCUGCCGAGGAGGAGGAGCUUUUGGGGCUCUCCGGCGACCGCAAGGACGGCGAGGGCGAGCCCAUCGAACGGGACGAGCAGUUGCUGUCGGUGCUGGAUCGUCUGGUGCUGUACCUACGGGUUGUCCACUCCGUGGACUACUACAACCAUUGCGAGUAUCCGUACGAGGAUGAGAUGCCCAAUCGCUGUGGCAUUAUCCACGCCCGUGGCCCGGCUCCCUCACGUGUGACCAGCAACGAGCUCAAUGAGUACAUCAAGUCGUACGAGGGCAAGCUACUGCAGUUUUUGACCAAGACCGCGCUGCUUAGCGAAGAUCAGAUCAAGGAUCUCGGUGCCAAAAAUGCCGACACCGAGGUGGAGAAAUUUGUGCAGGCCAACACCCAGGAGCUGGCUAAGGACAAGUGGCUGUGUCCGCUGUCGGGCAAGAAGUUCAAGGGACCGGAGUUCAUCCGCAAGCACAUCUUCAACAAGCACGAGGAGAAGGUCGACGAGGUCCGCAAGGAGGUGCAAUAUUUCAAUAACUAUCUACGGGACCCGAAGCGUCCGCAGUUGCCAGAGCACCCCGGCAGCGUCAAGCGUCCUGAAACGGAGUCUGCUCGUGGGCCCGGAGGAUACCGUCCGCCGAUGUAUACCCCAAUGUCUGGAAUGCCGUAUGGCUUUGGUGGCCACAUGAUGGGUGGUGGCCGUGGUGGACGUCACUUCGCACCCGCUCGCAGGGAAUUGCCUUUGGAACACCACCGCCGGCUUGUCGGUUACCAUGAUUUGGAUGCGCCCUCAAAUUCCGAUAUAUUUGACUAGUUGAUUAGACCAAUGCCAGAACACAAACACACAAGACAAAUGAAAUCUGAUCUGAUCUGAUGAUUCCGUUUCCAGCAUUGAAUUCCUCCAGCAAUGCUAGCGAGAAAGAACACUCGCAUACAUAUUAUAAAGCUGAUUUAUAUAUAUGAAUACCGAUAUCUGAUUUCGUGUACAAUGUUUUGCCAAUUGUAUUUAGAAACCGUCUAAACUAUAAACCGUUCAAAGAUGACGUUGCCGAAAGGGCGAAUCCAUAGACUAAAUAAAUAAACAUGUAAUAUUCAACAAUAUCUAAAUUCCUUCAAUUCUCGUUGCUUACAGACCCGGUGGUUUUGAUUAUCGAUCACACAGAUCACACUACCGGGACUUGGACGCGCCUCAAGAGCCGUACUAGACUGUAGAGCUACUAGUGUACAAUCAAAUCGAAAUCAAUUGUAUUUAUAUUAUGCCUGCAUUGAUCAAUUCCCCUCAUAAUGCAACCAACGUGCUAUAUGUAAUUUAACUUAAUCUGUUUCCAAUUGACGAAUGUUUUGUACGGUUCAAUUUUGUAAUCUGCGGCGAAUAAAUGCGAAA